AUUUAACAAUGGAGAAGAAUAAUGGAUCAUCGCCAAUAAACGAAAGAUCAGCUGAUGGUCCCAGUAGCACACAUGUGUAUGGAGAAGCACCUUACCUGCCGGUGCCGACCACAGGGCCUGACUACGAGCCUCAAAAUGCACAGAUUAAUAAUGGCGCAGGGACUUACAUCAGGAGCGAUUUUGGGUGGAUCUUUGUCAAUCCUGAGGACUACAUGCCUCAUUCAGAAAGCAAUAAUUAUGAAGCCGUAGUGACCCAGAACAUCCAGAAUUUAGCCCAAUCUAGUAAAGGUAUAAAAGGAAUAGUCACCAUUGAUAUGCUGCAAGACGAGCCAUUCGCGCCCGUGCCUGAGCUCAGUGAGCCAAUGCUUGAUCCAGAACAACAGAAUGUUCCCACUGAAGAUAAUGACGAAAAAGAAAAUGAGAAAAGGAAGAAGAUCGCAAGGAAAUCAGUUAUUCUAUGCUGCUCUUCAAUCUGGUUCAUGAUAAUCUUCUUCUUCCUUGACCAAAUAAUCCAAGCUCUUCAGUUUAUGUGGGUGUCUAUCUUUAUGGGUAUAUCAUGGAUCGAAGGUAUCUACGACCUCGCCAAGGUGCUCAACGUCUUCAGCAUCCAUUUCAGCGACCAAGCGUACAUAAUCUCAGUAAUCACCUGCAUAGUCGUGAUCUUCAUAUUCGCCAUAUUCUCCUGCGGAGGAGUAUUCGGGUUCUGAGACAUUGACUGAUGCUGCUGAUUCGAUGCCCUGGAGGACUUCCUUUCAAUGGUCAUCUUUGAAUACUUCUUCUUCGGCUUUUUCGCAAUCCCCAUCAUGAAAAUGCUCCUACAGACUUAUGACUGAGUGAGAGUCGAAGGAGUAAGGGUCCUCUCAAGGAACCUAAACUGGCAAUGAGAAUCAUGGCAACAACUCCUGCUCUUUUCGUUCUCAAUGGUCACACUUCUCAUGCUCAUUGUUGGAGCUGUGGUUCGCAACCUAGCUAAAGAAGAAGAAAUGCACUUCAGAGGGUACGAAUGGAGGAUCAAGAAGGGUGUAAAUAGACUAAUUUGCAAAGAAAUGGUCCUCAAGGCAGUCAUAAUGAUCAUUGCAAUCUUUGGCCCUACAAGGUAUUACUUCCCACCACUGGUGUGUUGUAUACUGACUGCUUCCUUCCUCGCAUAUUGGCUUUUAAUAAUGCCGUAUGUGAUCAACAAGUACAACCAUAUGAAAAUAGCUAUGCUUGCUGUAUCAGCUCAUUGCUUCUUUGCAUCAUUCCUUGCAACGCUUGGGAAUGACAUAAACGGAUUUGAAACAGCUGCCAGUGUCAUCAUCUUCAUGAGCCCAAUAUCAGGACUCGUUGGGUUUUUAGUCAGCAUUUGGAGAUCCAAGCAUGUGUUCUAUGAUGAAGAGGCAGCUUUCGCAUUCGAAGAAAGACAGAAGGCAAAGGACCUCCCAAGCUAUGACGAUACCUUAAUAAUCAAGAAACUUAUCCUUCAGAAAGAGUUCAUUGGAAUAAAGAUUUUGUCCAUCAAGGAACUUGAGCAGUUCGAUCACUACAUCUUUGGCCAAUCAAAAAUCCUAGAGGGAGAGUUCAAAGUCAAUGGGGACGAGGGCAUGAUCAACCUAUGUAUAAUCUUAGCGACGAUCGCUACUUUUCAGGAACACCCCAAGAUGUACUUCUCAAAGCUAAUAAUCAGAGCUGAUAAAGAAGACCAGGCGGCUCAGAUAAAAUUUACAGAGAAGUCAGAGCAAGCUUUUGCAGAGGCUUACUUCGCAGGGUGCUUCAGAGUGAUCAAACACUUGCAAUUUAACCAGUUCCACUUGCAAGCAAGGCAAGCUCUGAACGUGACCAGAUUCUUCAAGGACAGCCCAACACUGGAGACGGUGAAUUUGUCAAAUAACCAGCUCGACCACAAGGUAGUCUCUGCAAUUAUAGGGAAACUGUAUGAGAACAAAGCCAUAAAGUUCAUUGAUGUCUCAAGUAAUGCUGUAUACUCAGACCAGCAGCUACAAAUCCAGAAGAAGUACAACUAUAAUGAUGAAGUUGAUGUCAUUUUUGCAUAA